GGUGGGCGGGCUGAGGGCGGGCGGGGCGGAGAGACUGUUGAACCCCUUCGUGUCCUGUCUGCCCCCGCCCUGGGCACCGGGUCGCACCUGCGUCUCCCUCCAGGCUUGCAGCUGCGCCCCCUUCUCCCCCAGCACCCAGCUGCCCCGCUUUUCUCCCCAUCAUGGUGUGGAUGAGCUCAGGACCCCCAGCCAACUGCAUCUGGGAGGUAACCGGGAGCCUUCAGCCAUCAGCCACUCAAGGCUGUGGCCCAAGGGGGGCAAAUCCCACACAACAACGCAGACCCAGGUCACCCAGCGCAGGUGGAAGGAGGAGCGUCCCAUGGCACAGGUGAGCAACAAGCCAUCAUCCUGGGGCGGACGCACCACCCUAGCCUGCCAGGUCCAUGGCUUCUGCCCCAAGGACGUGGCUGCUGUCUGGCUGAAAAAUGGGGAGGUGCAGCCCCAGGAGACGAGCCAUGCAGGGGUCCUUCCCAGCAGAGAUGAGACCUACCAGACCUGGGCCACCAUCGAGAUUGACCCGAGCAGCAACCACAACUACGCCUACAGCGUGAGGCAUGAGAGCCUGGGGGCAGCUCUGAGAGUGGCCUGGGACAAGGGCCAGACAGGCAACGCUAUCCUGGAGCUGUUGAAGGAGACGGUGAACAAGCAGGCGUGGAGCGCCAGGCCACGCAGUUCAGCACCACUGCACAGAAGGUCAAGGUCAAGCUCUCUGCCCACAUCCUCUACAGCACUCAGGGGCAGGGCAAGGGGGCGGGUAGUGGAGCCGGGGGCCGGGGGUCUUGGAGGUCUCCUGCCCCUGAGUGAUGAUGGGGAAGCUGCACGAGGGAACGAGCUACUCAGACAGGAAGGACGGCCAGCUGGCCCCCAGCUGCAUGGACUACGACCACCUCAAGCUGGGCAAGCUGUCCUGCAUCUGGGAGCAGAGGCUGGAGCUCUGACACACUCCAACACGCCAGAGACAUGUCCCGACAUGCAAAGGACAUGCCACAGACACACUCUGACACCUUACAGGCACAUUCUAACAUGCCAUAGACAUGCAAUGUCAUGCCACGGCCCCGGGGCAGCUUCUUCAGGUGUCAGAGCAUGAGGAGAUGUAAGGGUUGUGUGAGCACAGGGGAUUGCAGAGGUGGCAGAACAUGCCCCCACACACCAAGGACAUGCCUUGACAUAUCAUAGACAUGCUAUGAGGGCACUGGGACACAGGAGGAUGGCACUGGGACAUAAUGGGAGAUCCUGAGGGCAGAGGGAGAUACUGGGAGGGUAUUGGGAGAUAGAGAUACUAGGGCUGGCAUGCAACUCAUAAGCAAUAGUUUAGAACUAUUUAAAAGAAAAGUUUCUUCUGAGUUAUUUGUUUUAUGAACAAAGAAACGGGAGGAUGCGUGCAAGCCCCAGCGCUCAAGAGGCACAGCUGGGCAGAGCGAUCAGACCACUAUCCUGCCUGGCACUGAUGAAAAUACAGAGGGGAAGGGAAGGGGGGCCAGCCCCAAGGGAAAACAUUGCCCUUAUUUUGUGGUGGACCCAGCACCAGACCCAUGCUCCGUGGGUGCCUGAGGGUUGAGCUGGGCCUCUGCUCUCACCCCCCAGCCCCCUCCCUGUUCCCUGCCAGCGAACCCAGGCAUCCCGGCCCCCAGCCCCCUCCCCUAUAGAGAACCCAGGCACCCGAGACCCCAACCUGCCUGCUCUCUCCCGCACCCAGCGCCCCCAAGAGAACCCAGGCAUCCGGCCACCCAGCCCCCCUGCUCUCCCCCCAGUGCCUCCCUGCACAAAACCCAGGGGUCCGGGCUCCCAGCCGCAUCCUCUCAUCCCCAGGCCUCUCCCCUCCCAGAAGAGCCAAAGGCCUCGGGGGCUGUGCGUGCGUCCUCUACAUGCUUUUGUUGCAUGUAUGAACGUCGAGCCACUCGACUCACAGGACACUGAACGUGUGUGCAGUUUCUGCGGUACUCUCAAAAACCCACAAAACCAGGUGCUUGUUUCCUGGUCCAUGUGCAACAGAAACACAUUUCUGUGCAAACACUGAACACAGGUCAGCUCUGCAACCAACACACACAGACACACCGACCAGUUCCCUGAGACGCACACGCACACAAACCAAGUCUCUCUCAUGCACCCCCAGUGUGUGUCUGACACCCAUACAUCUCUUCUAUCCCCCCUCCAACUCUCUCUCUGUCUCCCUUUCUCUCUCUCUCUCACACACGCACACACGGAUGCACAGCCGUUUAGGGCUGGAAGAGCCCUGGUGAGAUCAUCGGGUCCAGCCCCCUGCUCUGGGCAGGAAAGGCUGCGGGGAUCAAAUAACCCAGCAAGGUGUGCGUCCAGUCUCCUGUUGAAGCUCCCCAGGGCAGGUGCCUGCCCCACCCCGCUGGGAGACCAGAUAAUGUCCGCUAAGACCUGGACUCCUGAGGGCCCUGUUGCCCCACAGCUCCUGCAUCGUUACCUCACAGCCGAGACUCCUCUCGUUCUGUUGUUUUCCAUAGCAAUACUCCAGUUUUCCAGGCAAUACCCCCUGCAUGGCCAGGAGGACCCGUGGCCCCGUAUCUCAGUCCAUAGAGACCAUGCACAGGUCGGCUACAUCAGUGGUACCAUUUACUUCUGUGCCAGGCCUGAAUGCCAGUCCUUGGACCCAGCAGUGGGAGAAUUGCUGAGAUAUCUGUAGUCCAUCUUGGAUGCGAGAGGUGGGAUCACAGGGAGAUUCAGGGUGGUGUAAAAUUCCUGUCCCAGUGAGUGAAGCCCAGCAGGGGAUGAGUGUCAGGGGCCUGGUCAGACAAAGCCGAGGGGGAGCUGGUGCUUUGUCAGCCCUAACCUGCGGUGAGACUGUGCCAAGUUGGGUGCUGUGGGGACAAGCCCAUGGGCAGACCCCACUUAGCAAUCCCAGGAGCUGCCCCAGGCUUGUGUGUGUGUAGUUGGGAGAUAACAACGGUCAGACACACAAGCACCCAGACACGCAGAGGGGCAAGUCUGGGCUGCCGGGAAGGGAGGGCUGAGAACUGAGGCCCCAGACGCCAGGGCAUGGAGAAGUGAUGGCUCCACGGUGACACCGACUCCCCUGGUAAGCUGCAAUGUGA